CAACAGGCGGAUUUUCUCUCUCCUCCAUUCCAAGACCACACCGACCGUCCGGGCGAGACAAAGGGCUCAGAGUCGAACCUCAUCAGAACACCUCCAGAACACAGAAGCGCCAUGGCCAACCCUAAAGUUUUCUUCGACAUCGCCGCGGACGGCAAGCCGAUGGGCAGAGUGGUCAUGGAGCUGAGAGCUGAUGUUGUCCCCAGAACAGCAGAGAACUUCAGGCAACUGUGCACAGGACAGCCUGGCUUUGGCUACAAGGGUUCCACUUUCCACCGAGUCAUCCCCGGCUUCAUGUGCCAGGGUGGUGACUUCACAAAUCACAAUGGAACUGGUGGCAAAUCCAUCUAUGGCCACAAGUUUGAGGAUGAGAACUUCAACCUGAAACACACUGGUGCUGGCUGCCUGUCCAUGGCAAAUGCUGGACCCAACACCAACGGUUCCCAGUUUUUCAUCUGCACAGCACUCACCUCUUGGCUGGAUGGUAAGCACGUGGUCUUUGGCCAGGUUGUGGAGGGCUUAGACAUUAUCAAGAAGGUGGAGGGCUAUGGUUCCAGCAGCGGCAAAACCAGUGCCAAGAUCACCGUUGCCAACAGCGGUCAGCUGUAGACUUCCCUUCUCCCCGUCCCAAACCCCUCUCCUUCAGAUCAUGAUCUAGUCCAUCCUAAUCCUGGUUGGAACAGCAACAUUCCUUUCCAGUUUUGCUCCCUUUACCCAUCCUUAAAACCCAUUUAAACCCGUUUGUCCCUUUUUGACGAGUUGCCUUUUCGAUCAGUUCAUUUGUUCGUUUGUUUUUUUUUUCAUUUGCAAAUAGAAGCCUGUGGGCUUUAAGGUUUGUGUAUCAAAAUCUGAAAAUAAAGGGGAACAAGUA